AAGUUCGUCCGACUCUGAAAGAUGUCCGAUGUUUCACAGAACGUCUCAUUCCAGCGGUGUUCAGUUUGACACAAAGUUUGGAGAUUUUUCUGCUGAAUGUUCGAGCUUAACAUGUAGUUUUUGGUUCGUGUUGAGACGCUACAGACCGUCAGUGCAGCUGUGGGGGUGAUGGCAGAGGACUCAAACCGACAGCACGCUGUAGUUGACGAGGAUGCAGUGGCUUCUUCCUCUGUGGGAAUGUCAGAUUUGUCUGAUGAGAUCCUGCUGUACAUCCUCCGCCAUGUUCCAGUGUGUGACCUGCUCCUGAACGUGGCACGUGUCUGCCACAAAUUACACAGACUUUGUCACGACAAGACUCUGCUGACCUGUGUCACCUUGUCAGAGGAAUAUAAGGCAAAUGAUCUAACAGUGCAGCAACUAUUGAAGCAGCUAGCCAAUCAUGUGCACUCCCUGAGCCUGAAUGGCUGCUAUUGGCUGUCUGGCUCUACCGUGGAUCAUCUUGUUCGCUGCAGGGCAGUGACGCACCUCGAUGUUACCGGCUGCCGCCUCACCUCGCUCCGUCUGUCCCGCCUCCUGUCCUCCCUCACGUUACUCAGAUCACUAGCGUUUGAUGUGAUGCCGGGUUUCAGCGCGGCGCAGCUCAGCUCGGUAGCAGUCGAUUCUCUGAGCCGCUUGUCGGAGCUCAAACAGACGCUGCUGACGCCCAGUUAUGGCGUGGUGCCAUGCUGUGCACAACUUCGCAGGCUGAUGCUACAGUUUGACAUCCCGGAUGUGACCAGAGAGGGCGUCGGUGUGAGCUGUCAGCUGAUGGUGGGCCAGAGCAGCGUGCCACAUUACCAACAGCUGGAGGAGUUCAGUGCCAGACUGGCGCCUGGAGAAGUAAACCAGACCUUGCUCCUUCUCUACCUAGCGGUGUUCAGCGUUCACCUUCCAGAGCGUCUUCGGGUUUUCCUAGUGUCUAUUCCCGGCCCAAACCCCGCCCACUGGCCCGCUGCUAACUCGCUGGCCCAGAGCUUGGGUCAGCGUGGCGACGUAGAGGCCCUGCAGCUUCCUCGAUCGUGGCUCGAUUCUCUGUCUGUGAAACGAGUGCUGCAGGGCAGCAGCCCCAAGUGCCUCAGCUUCAGCCGCUGCCCCGCUUUAUGGCCGCAGGUGUUCCAGUCGCUGCUGGAGGGAGGUGUCAAAGACCCCAAGAAACUGAUCAGUCUCAAUCUGAGCGGGAUCAGCCACGUUUCUUUCACAGACUGCAGCGGGAGUCGUGGUGGUGAAGAUCUUCUGGUCGCUGGGACUAUGAGCCAGUUAGCUGUUGUUUGUUCCAAACUUAAACACCUAAAUCUAAUGCACACCCAUUAUCACCACGAGAAGACGCCCGGCUUAAGAGGGGAAACGCACUUGUGUGCAAGCUUGGCCAAGUUCAAAUACCUGCACUCGCUCACGCUGCCGGCCUGCGCGCUGUCGAGUGGCUUAAACGCACAUCACAUCUCAGCGAGCCACACGGCUCCACCAUCGCUCUUCCUGGGUUUAAAGAAGUCUCCACGCGUGGGGCUCCAGAAUUUUAAAUCUGAUUCAGAGCUGCCUUCUUCGAGGGACGGCACCUCAGGGCUGGCUCAGCUCUUUGCUGGAUGCUCUUUGCUGCAGACCUUAGAAAUCAUUGGACCUGGUUUUGUCUCUGUGCUUCCUCGGCUUGAGCCCUGUACACGUGCGAGCGUGGAGCCUCGCGGCAUGUGCGCUUGGGCUCGAGCAGUUGGUGACGCGCACGUGGCGGCACUCGAGGCUUUGCCUCAGUUGCGUCGUCUGACUCUGGCUGGGCUUCCUGGGGUUCUUAAGGGAACGGGGCUGGUCCACCUGGCCAAGCAGUGCAGGGAUCUCCAGGUUCUGUCCCUCGCCAACAUCGGGUCUCUGAAAACCAUCAACUACAGUCCUGCUUUGCUGGAAACACUCAAACACUGCACGCAGCUACGGGAACUCAGGCUGGAGCAGCCCUACCUGAAUGCCAACGCUUCCUUCUUUGAAGCUCUAUCUUGUUGCUCACGGCUGCAGCGCGUCUGCCUCAUCUCACGCUGCGGCAUCUUCGACGCGCUUGCCGCAGAAGCCUUCAUGGAGCGCUGCCUGCACGUCGUGACGUGCCACAUGUUCCUGGGCGGGCCACUGGUCACCUGCCGAACGCUGCAGAAAAGGCUGCUGGACAGGUUUUCGGCUGAGCGCUCGGCCCUGAGCGUGGUCGUGUAUCCGUUACAGCACGAGGAUCUGCCUGCAGUCAUCAGGGAGAUCCCAAUGACGCUGCUGGAUCGGAUAACCUUGUUCCAGAGCCAUGUGGCCCAAGCCCCGCGUUUGUCACCGUGCUGACACGACCGGAGGUUUUCUGUGAUUGGUGCUCAAACACAUUUGAUGUUACACUCUGAUGUGCGAUUGUGAACUUUUACUUCUGUGCAUAAAAACAAAAACGAAACACAGCGGCACAUUCUGAUCUGUGACAUCGUCAGCUGUCAGGCCGAAGAGUGCAUGUUUACUUUUACAUGACACUGUGACACUAGAAUUCAGAGGAUAAUACCCCUAGGAUGAGCUCAACAGGGAGGUCAAAGGUCAAAUGAUGCUCCUGGAUGUGGUGGGGAUUUUUAAUGUGGUUCAAUUCCAGCAAAAGUUGGUGCUCCUGAUCUUACAACUCUGGUUUCUCAGAAAUGUGACUUCACUGGUCUAAUACUUUGACAAUAAGUGGCAAAAAUAAUCCAAUAGAGCAUGUAUUUAAAAACAAAGGUGCAGACGACAAAAAGAAAAUACUGUAA